AUGCGCUGCGCCAUGAGCGAGGGAGCGGCCGGAGCCAUCUCACACCAUCUCAUCUCCCUCGCACCAAUCCAUCUCACAGACCGCGAGACCGCUGAUAAAGGGCAGUCUUCGAGACCACCUGGCACGAUGACUCCAGCUCCGUUUGCACCGGGGAUGAUGGGGGUGGUGGCAGUGUUUGGCAUGCUGGCACCAGCUGCCGUCGAAGGACACGGCUUCGUCAUCGAGCCCAUCAGCCGGCAGUACCUGCGAUCAAAGGAAUUUAAUGACGGCGAUGAGUACUACGUGGAGAAAUGGGCGGGAUCUUUCAACGGAGGAGGUGCGGACGCGGUCCAGGCUCGAACAAUCGACAACAUCGACCCUGACGUCCUUGCCGACUACGGUGGCGGCGAUGUCUGGAUCGUGGGGGCGGCGUGGGACAAGGGGGAGAGGUGCCCGAACAACAACUACCUCGAGAGCGACAAGAUCGCCGUCGGACACGGCGUGUGCGGGGACCCUCCUCAGGGCGGCUUGGACAACCCGAACACGUACAGCACCCCGAACACCCUCUGGCCUCCGAUCUCGACCUACCAGUCGGGAUCCAUCAUCGAGCUCAAGGCCGUCAUCAACAACAACCAUUGGGGGCACAUCGAGUACUUCCUGUGCGACACCGCCGACAUGGACGACCCUGACGGCGUGGUGACCCAAGACUGCUUGAACAUGUACCCGCUCGACCGCGACGAGACCGAUUGGUGGAACAGCCCCAUCGACCCGGACUACCCUGGGCGUUUCUUCGUGAACCCCGAGUGCCGGGGUGAAACGGGGGAGACCGACCAAACAGGCAGGCCCAUGCUCAACGACGGGGAGGUUGGCCUGGACAAUGGCUACAUCAAUGUUGGACGUUACCAUCUGCCGAACAUCCAGUGCGAGCACUGCGUCCUCCAGAUGAAGUACUACGCGUACGUCGGGUGCCACCACCCCGGCUACCACGAGUUCGAGCCGGAGUGGCCGGGAGAUUGCGCGCCGGACAAGGAGGAUUGGCUGCCGCACAAGAAUCCCGGUUGCAGCGACGAAGGCCAGAAGUGGGGCAACGUGUUCUUCGGCUGCUCCGACAUCACUCUGGCGAAACAUCCUCCACGGCUCCCGCGACACCCACGCCGGGCCCUGAACCUGAACCGACUCCUGAGCCAACACCGGAACCGACUCCCGAAUCGACGCCUGAUCAAUCCCCGAACCGACUCCCGAGCCUACUCCCGAAUCGACGCGAACCAUCGAACCGACUCGUGAACCUGAGCCCACUGCGGAGCCCGAACAACC